AUGGCGAACAUUCCUGGCAUCGAAAACCAGCCUCCAGAUGGCCCAGCCUGGCAUGACAAUCUCAAUAUGCACCUCAUCUGUCCUGAUUGCAAACAAGUUCCUCCAGAUCUUAUUGAAGAGAAUGCUGACACCAUCUGUGGCAAUUGCGGAAUGGUCCUGGCCGAGAGGUUAAUCAGUUACGAGUCCGAGUGGCGUACCUUCAAUUCAGAUGAGGGGAAAGGCGACGACCCGAACCGUGUUGGUGAGGCUGACAAUGAACUAUUGUUGACGAACAAUGCGGGAACCAUGAUCGGUGGUGGUGGCCCAAAUGUUUCCAAAGAGACCCGGAAGCUCAAGAAAGCUCAAGCUCUACAACAGGAGAAUAAAGCUGAUAAAGCUUUGCAAACUGCCUAUGCUCAGAUUGAAACCUGGGGUGAGAAAGCCAAGUUCACGUCAUCCAUCAAGACUGCAGCCAAGAUGUAUUUCAAGCGUGUCUACGAAGCAAAUGCCCUGCGAGGUAAACAGACUGAUGUCAUUCUUGCUGGUUGUCUCUUCAUUGCCUGCCGUCAGAUGAAGCUACCUCGAAGCUUCAACGAGAUUUUUGGAUUGACCGCCGUUCCCAAAAAGGAGAUUGGUCGAGCCUACAAGACACUGGAGAAAUUCUUGACCCAAUCUUCUCAAGACAACAUCCAAGCUGUUGAAGGCAGUGGUGGUAUCGCCAAUCGCGAUCUUUUGGAGUACCGUGGAACCCAAUCCACAAAACCAGAGGAUCUGUGCGGCAGAUAUUGCAACAUGGUCGGUCUCAAUUUCCGAGUCCAAACUAUAGCAGAGGGUCUGGCGAAGAAGAUUCCAACAAUCGAGGGCCUCGCUGGUCGAAGUCCAUUAUCGAAUGCCGCUGCUUGUACCUUUUUUGCCAGUCAUCUCAUUGGGUUCGGGAAAUCGAGCAAACAAAUCAGCGAUGUUGCCGGUGUUAGCGAUGCGACUAUUAAGCAUGCGUAUAAGUUCUUGUUGCAGGAGAAGGAACGAUUGGUUGAUCCCACUUGGCUUGGUGAACAACCUCCACCUCACGGCGGAUUCGGAGAUCUGAAUAAUCUUCCUGGAGCCUGA